AUGGAGUUGGCUCUGAUAGGAUUACAAAACGCGGGGAAAACGUCGUUCGUGAACGUGGUUUCCGGCGGGGAGUUCGUGGAGGACAUGAUCCCGACGGUUGGUUUUAACAUGCGAAAAGUGACCAAGAACAAAGUCUCCAUAAAAAUGUGGGACAUGGGAGGUCAAGAGCGGUUUCGGAACAUGUGGGAGCGAUAUUGCCGAGGGGUGACGGCGGUGGUGUACGUGUUGGACGCGGCGGAUAAGGAGAAUUUUCCAUUGGCGAAGACGGAGUUGCACGCGUUGAUGCAGAAACCAGCCGUGGCGGGGGUGCCGUUGUUGGUGUUGGGGAACAAGUCGGAUUUGAAGGACGCGGCGGACGCGAGGACGGUGAUUGAUGCGAUGGAGUUGAGACGAUUGAGUGGCAGGGAGGUGUGCUGCUAUUGCAUUUCGUGCAAGAGUCAACACAACGUGGACGUGUGUUUAGAGUGGCUGUCGAAGCAUGCAAAGUAA